AAAACCAAAAAAAAAAAGCCGAAACCAAGAGUACCAUCAAAAAGCUAUCCCAUAAAGAUAACAGUGAAUAACGUGCCAGAGGGUCCAGCAUUUGUACCUGACACAAUGGAUGUUCCUGUAUCUGAGGACCCAAAAGAAGCACCAGAAGAUGGAAUAAUUGCUGUGUUCGCUGCUGUGGAUCCAGAUACAGGAAAACCGGCUGAAGAUGUUGGUUAUGCCAAAGCCUAUGAUCCAGACAACUGGUUUACUAUAGAUGAAGAAACUGCUGAGAUAAAACUGAACAAGGUACCAGACAGAGAGUCACCAUUCUUGGUGAAUGGCACCUACAUUGCCAAGAUUCUGGCUAUGACCAAAGACAUGCCAUCAAAGACAGCCACAGGAACAAUAGCUAUUCAGGUCAAAGACUCCAACGACCAUUGUCCUACCCUGACAACCACCCACAGUGACCUAUGCUCUGAUGAAAAAACUGUUAUUGUAACUGGCUUUGAUGAAGAUGGUAGUCCCAACGGUGCUCCAUUCACAUUCACAAUCAUACCUGAGGGUACGCGAGGCAGCUGGGUUGUAGAAGUGCUCAAUGAAACUAGUGCUGCUCUUCAUUCUAGUGAGGCGCUGUGGCCUGGCCUAUAUGAGCUACAGGUGGAGGUAAAGGACGCUCAAGGUGUCUCCUGCCCAACCAGUGAGAUUUUUUCGGUGGAUGUUUGCACCUGUGUAGAAAGAGAUGACUGCAAAUUAAAGGCAGCGAGACAAACGAGCACAUCUACUGAGCUUGGUGCACCAGCCAUUGGCCUGCUGUCAAUGGCAAUGUGCUUACUGCUGUUCAUACCCCUUCUCCUGCUAUUCUGUCAGUGUGGAGGAGCAGACGCCAUAUUUCCUGACCAAUUUAGUGAUCUACCAUUUGACACCAAAGAACACCUGAUAUCCUAUCACACUGAAGGCAGAGGCGAGGAUAAGGAAGUUCCACUCCAGAGUGUCCCUAUUAUGCUGGGUACCCAGAAGAAAAUAGAAACAGCACCAACACUCAAUUUUAACACGAUGCCUUCAGCAAUCACAGACACUCAUCAUACAGUAACCUACAAUGAAACUGUGCAGAAGUUUCAGGAAACAUCCCAAAAUUUAAUGGAGGUUGAUGACGCAUACAUGUAUUCAAGGGAGUCAUUCAACUACGGCAACGACAGUGCAACAUUCAACAAGCAAACAUUUGGUUUCCCACAUACAGCACCUCUGUAUGAGGAUAUAGCCCUUUCAGAUUCUUUCCUCGAUGAUUACUACUCACAGAAAGCUAUGUUUGCUGUACCAGUGAAGGAUGGUCUGCUGGAAUAUGAAUUUGAGGGCCAGGGCUCUCCUGCUGGCUCACUGUCCUGCUGCAGUCUUCUAGACUCUAACAAUGACCUGCCGUCCCUCACUGACCUUGGGCCAAAGUUCAAGACUCUGGCUGAGAUCUGUUCACCUCCUACACCAACACCCAAACUGACACACACAGCAACAGGUGCUGUCAAAACCACAGUUGACAUAGUAGAGCCAGUUUUUAAGUCCAAAGUUGAGCGCAUUGUUGACACAGAGCUAACUGACAUAAAGACUAAGAAAGUAAUGUCAUCUGCUAACAUCUUAAAAUCAUCUGUCAAUACUGUAAGCACUGGCCCAUCACCAAUGACAGUUUCUCAUUCCAAGGUUACUAGUAGCAGCCAUUCCUCAAACAUUACUCAUUCUGGUAAACUGCCCUAUCCACCUCAGACAGUUGUACUACAGCAACAGCCAGUUUACUAUACCACCAGCCCUGUACUGCAACCCAUGAACUAUGUAGUUCAACCACAUCUACAGAACACGGUUCUGUUGGCAGAUGGGUCCCACGGAGCAAAUUUUCCUGGCCUGUAUCUAGUCAGUGGUCCCCCAAAUCCUUCUGGAUUUGUAAUAGGUGGACCCCAAGGCUCUCCUUCUGGACUAAUCAUCCAGCACACCGAGAGCUCCAGAAGCCCUAAAAGUCCCCAAAGCCCUGUUAGCACAACCGGUCCAAUCAGUCCUACCCUGUUACUACCUGGUAGUGCAGAUGUGUCACAGGGCUCAGUUCCAGCAGAGGGCUGGAAAAUAAUUGGGCCAAAUUCGGAUGGCAAUUAUAUGUUAGUCAAAAAUAAGAGUAGUCCUGAUGAAACAGAGGUGUUGGACCCAGGAUCAUCUCAGGGCAUUUUGCCUGGAGGUGCUAUCCUGGUGAAAGAGGCUGCUCCCCCUCAGGGGGUGUUAGGUUUGGCAGCCCAGGGUUGUCUGCCAGGUCAUGCUGCUGCUAAAAAGGGGGUAAUGUUAUGAUAAAUAGAUAUUUGGGGGAAACAUGGAUUGAGCAGCCAGGGCAGAUGGGGUUCGGACCAGUCACUGUUUUGAGAGCUGAUAAAGGGCACCCAAAAACGGGGAUGGGAUAUGUAGGAGCAUUCAUUCAAGAAAGACAGACUGGAAUUUGUCCAGCUGGCAUAAGUACACUUGGAAUUGAGCAGAUCAGCAUUAAUCAGUUCCAAGGAAGUCACACAUUAGAGCAAACCACUAGCACCACUACUAUUCCCAAAUUACAUAGACAAGAUUCCCCAAACAAAGAGGCCAUUAAAGGCUCCACUUCAGAUGAUAAGGAUCCUAGUAAAGUAAUCAAAAUAGCAUUUGAUGAUACUGAGGGUGUACAAGAUUAUCUAAUACAAACGUCAACAAAGUCUUGUAUUAUAAAUCCAACACAAGAUAUUGUAAAAUCAUUAUCAGUGCCAGAAGUAGUUCAGAUAUCAGAACAGCCAUGUGCCACAGUGGUGGUGAAACCAGAAGAUACAAAAGACAAAACUUGGCCCGAUCAAGUGAAUAAAAUCACUGAGAUUCAAAAAAACAGAUUUAAUGAUGUGGUAAAUUGGACAGCAGGACACAUUUAUCCAGAAGAGAAUCCAGAAGAGGCAAAUGCUCCAAAAUCAAAAAAAGAGAAAAAUCAUGUCUCUCCUGAAACUAUUUCUGGGGAAGAUAUGUCUAUAGAAGUUUUCCUAUCUGUGUCUGAUGCCACAGGUUUAGUUAAUAUGGAUAAAGAGAAAGAAGAAAAAUCAAUAUUUCCUCAGGGAGAAAAAUCAAAUUGGACUGGAGACCGCAUUCACAAUGUCGAUGAUCAGACAUGUAAUGACGUAGCACAAAGUGUGGACAGACAGGAAACAGCUACUUUGAAAGAGGAAGGAAGACUUGCUGAGCUAACCAUAGCUGAAGGUCUAGAGGACAGAUAUUCCAAAAUUGGGUCAAAACCUCAGUCAAAUAAAGUCACAGACAAUGGUGAAAAGGAGCAGGACAAAAAUACCCAUCCAGAAGAGAAAUUUCUUUCAGAUUUACAAAAAAAACAGGCUAUUGCCACUUCUUAUUGUAUCCAGGCAGAAGACAAUAUGGUGGAAAUGUCUACCAUCACCAGUGAGGUGAGAGAACAAGAGCAACUGUUUGAAUCUAAAGAGGACCUCACGACUGUGGCUGAUGAAAUGUUAGUGACUUCUCCAAAUGAAAUUUCAACAGACAUUGUGAAUGAGUCAAAAGAGAGGGACAUACCUGACCAGAAAGCAAUGACAGAACAGGUAGAUCUUGGUGACAAGAGCACUACAAUGACUAACCAAGAGAAAAAGCCCAAAUUGAUAUCGGAGUCACCUGGAAUUGUCCCUCAAGUGCAAGCAGGGGGCUCUAAUGUACAAACCAUUUCAACAUUAGAGCAUCUACAUACAGCAAUAGACAAUAACUCCGGCUACAAAGAAAGUGUUGCUGAAGUACAACAUAUAAAAUCAGCAUCAGCAGAUCAGAACCCAGCCAAUACAGAUUUAGGCAGUAUCGGUAAUAAAAGGGAAGAGGAGAGUAUUUUGGAGGAAAGAAUGUCACAACAAUGGUUUAGUGCCUCCAAUCACCAAGAUGAAGGCAUUGAAAGACCUGAUGCAUUGGACAUAAGUAUUCAGAUGGCAUAUUCGUUCAUCUCAGGUGAUAACAUUAAUGAUGAGGAAAUAGAUGACAAUAUUAUAGCAGAAAUGAUGCCAACUGUACAUCAAAAUAUAAGCUCCACAACUGACCAAAAAGAAGAUAGUGAAAAACAGGAUGCAUCAGGAACAAGUUCCUCAAUGCAAAUGAUUGCAAAUGUCAAUAAAUAUAUUGGAGAGAAAUGGGAGCAAACUGGGGGAGAAGCUGCUGUAACCAUCCCACAUCUUAGCAUCUCAAAUGAUGAAGAAAUUGAAAAAGAUGCAGAAAGUGUGGUUUCUCACUCUCUGUCAGAAGACAGUGUAGUUGACGAAGUGUCACUUUUACAGCAUACAACUAGUAUCUCAGAUGAACAACAUAAAGACUAUGAGAAAAAAAUGCAUUCCACAUGUCCUCAAAUACCGGAUUACGCUAUCUCAAAUGAAAGUGUAAGUGAUAAAGAUGAAGAGGUGUCCCUCAAACAGCAAACGUUUUGUGUUGCAAAUGACCAAGAAGCAAAUGACAUGCAUCAGGAUCACAAUAUAAGCAUCCCAAUUGACCAACAUGAAGACAGUGCAAAAGAAGACAUGUCAAGCAUCAACAUAGAGGAAAUAGACACUGAGUCUAGCCAGUUUAUAGAGUUGGACUCAGACUGAAUGCUACACCUGAAGAAGAUUCUCGUUCGCAAGUCAAUGUACAGAAACAAAUCAGGUGGUGACAAUUCAAAAGUGACUGAAAAUUAAGUCACUUCUUGCAAAGUUACUGCACAUCAAGUAAAGCAAGGAAUGAAUUCUUCUCAGAUAGAAGACAACUCUGUAGUAUAUCUGGAAGGACAAGAUAAUGUUGAUCAAGAGUUUAGGAUAAUGUGAUUGCAUCUUUAAAGGAACUAAAGGCAUCCAGGGUGGUCACAUAUCAGCUAGAUUGAGUCCACCAAACACAAAGUGGCAUGAUGUCAUCUGGAGAAGUACUUGGUUGUUAAAUUACUAAUUCUGGUAACCUAAACACAGACAUAAUUUCAGUUAAACUAAAUGAGAGUUGAGAUCUCACUUUGGUAACAAGCAAGGUUUUGACCAACAUGUUAGAUGGAUUACAUGACAGCACAACUAACGUAUCUGAUUAGACAUUAACCCUCUGAACCUCAAAACCAUUUUUCACAUACACACACAUAUCCAGAAACUGUAAAAAUAGAAAGAAUCAUCAGAUAUUCAGCUUUUUGACAGUCCUUGAACAAGUCACCUGUGACAAGCCACUCUUUCGGAAAACCUAGCUUAACCAAAUUUCAGCUUAAAGUAGUUGAUACUUUACUGUAUCAAAAUGACUUUGUUUUGAAAUCUCCUUUUUUCACAGAAAAUAAUUGUUUUGUAUCAGAUCUUGUAAAUAACAACAACAAAAAAAACUUCAGCCCCUCAGUGGAACCAUUAUUAAGGCUUGACGGACUCAACCACAAACAAUAAUCACGUGACAAAAAUUUGGAAAAUUUACAGCUGAACAAUAUGCUGUGUCUGCACACAACAGACAGAUGACAAAAUAUGGAAACAAAAAAACCCCAAAACAAAACAAGUGGUUAGCACUGUUGACUCACAGUUCAAAGGUCCUGAGUUCUAUCUGUGUGGAAUUUGCAUGUUUUCCAUGCCUGUGUGGGUUCUCUAAGUCAGCUGGGAUAGGCUUCAGUUGUUCUGCAAUCCUACAGCGGACGAAACAAUGUAUAAAUAAUGGAUGGACGGAUGGCACGACUUGUGGCCACUUAGAAAAAUGCUGCACAUACUGAUUUUUUAAAAAAUAAUUAAAAAUAAAUGAUCAAAUCAGAUCAAAAGUUCUCUCUCCUUCUAGCAAUAGUUGUGCCGUUUCCAUACAGGUAUAUGACUUUAGAUCGCAUUAAAAAUAAGCAUCAGUGAGAGAACAUGUGACAAGAGCAAAGAAAACCACACUGAAACUGUGUGGGGUUAAAAUGAUUAAAAUGUUAAACAAUACCAAAUAUUCAGUGCUGGAAAAAAGAUGCAAGAGCAUUGUCAAAAGCACUCCAUCUGUUAUACUCUGAACAAUUCCAGAAAGGUUAGAUUUCAACAAGUCUUUAACAUUCAAAAAAUCCAUCUGGAAAGUGUAAGCUAAAGUAAUGACUUUCAGUAUGAAGCUGCAUUGACAACUUUAGAGUUUUUGUCACCCCUUAGAGGGUUAAAUGUAGAGGUUCUCUGCACAAGCUGAAUUUGGUAAAUGUUGUACUCUCAAUAUGUAAGGCUUCUGUUCCGACCUUCAUCCAGUUCAGUGAUAAAAAACACAAGUCUUUGAAAUAAGGCAUACUUAUAUUUGUCAGCUAGUACUGGCAGAGACACAGUACUAACAGCCCAACCGUGGAUCCUACACAUGGUGUGAGAACAGAUAUCUUGCAGGUUCACUGUAUAACACAGACACAUGCAUAAAGUAAAGGAAGUCACAUGUAUGUAAAGGGUAGUGUAGGGUAGAAUGGCAGUGUUUAACCCACUAAAAAUGUUUGUGCCAGAUCUAAGCCAGAAUGUCAGUAGCAUCUUGAUUUUUUUUAAUCCUGAGAGCUAACACUGCGUCUGCUGGCAAUGACUAGAAAUUAAUGGUAGGGAUGACUUGCCAUUUCUGCAAACCAGUUUUCUGCAGGAAACGCUGAAUUAAGCAUACAGAACAAUUAAAAGAGCACAAAGAUAUUAAUUUCUGAGCUCCAGUUCUUGACCACACUCAUCACCCUUAAAGGAAACAGCCCUGGCAGGUCUGCUGUUAAGUUAUUCCACAGAAUACCUAACUGGCAAGAGUGUAAAAAGAUCAAACAACAGAAACCAACACAGGAUUGCUACUGAGCUGUUACCAUUGCUAACACUGGCCACCAUAAGCUUCUGAACCAAGUGUCGCUAUAACAGGUAGAUCCCACACCUUUUCAGUUACACAGUGGUAUUGCUAAUGAAAAAGGAAUAAAUGUGAUAUUUCUGCUUUCAAAAUGUACAUGAUCUUGCUUAUAUUAGAGUUAGACAUUUUUGACCAUAUAAAUUUGAGGUAAAUUCUUAGAUAUAAUUAAAGAGUCAUAGAUGGAAAAUUAUGUUAAUAGUUAUGUAACAUGUCACAAAAGCAGAAAAGUUUAAAAUUCCACUCAAGAUACUUGUUGGCACUACUCAUUGUAAUAAAAGACUUUUAUUUAGGAUUCUGGUGGUGGGUAAGACCCUUUUUGGUCCUUUUGCACUGACAUUUAAUAUAUCCAAAUGUAUCUUUCAUUUUAGAAUACAAUAUUUUAAUCCGAGGUAUUUCCUUCUUCUUUCUGUUAAAUGAAAUGUAAAUAAGCAUAUUUUGAAUUUUUCUUGUCAUUGCUAAACAGAACAUGUCCAACUGGUUGAAAGAUGAGCCUGGAAAAAUAUGUUGGAAUUUGUGAAUAUACUUUUCUACAGCUAGGUGUAGUGUGUCAAAGUAAAAGUGUGAGAAUUUCAUCUCCUGGUCAAAAGGUACAAUUUCCAUUAUUCAUAAAUGAUCACUGCUGUCUGUAAAACAUAGUGGAAAUGGGAAUGUCAAGUUCUGACAAUAUUUGAUUUAAGAAGUCAGUCAGUUUGAUGUACAAUAUACUGUGUUUUGUGUAAAGUAAGUGUACUCUAGGUUUUACAUGUCAGGGUAAAGCUGGUAUUAGAAUGGUGUGGUGACAGUGUGAUAAACUCAGUUUUAAGCUUAAGGGUUAUCAUUUAUUCACAUACUAAUCAUCAGUUCAUAAUAAUUUGCUUAUAUAUUCACUCACUCUUUAUGUAAAAGGUCAAAGAGGGACUGUACAAGAGCCUCAAAAAAAGUUAUUUUUCAAUUCAGCUGAUGGUCUUUAUCUCAUAUGGAAAGUAUGUUUAAUAUGGUGUUGCAUGGUUUUAAGAAAAUAUAGGGUGAACAACUGAAUGAUGUUAAACAAACAAGAAGAAUUUCUUUGUCUCCCAUUUUGCUAUAAAAGCUAUGUUUGUACUCUGUACUCUGAUGUAAAUUGAAGAAAAUACUUGCUUAUUGUACAAUAUAAUUCAUCAACAACC